GAGUGUCAACGCUGAGAGCUAGGUAGAUGCGACCAAUGGCGGGGCGGCUGAGGCGCAGCUGCGCCGUCUUGAACUUGGAGUCCAGACAAUAGGUUUGGACCCUUCGCCGUCAUGGCGGCUCGCAUGGUCCUGCAGCAGAUCUUGAAGAACGAUCAAAGGCGAAAUCGUGGCAGCGUACGACCCCAGAGGAUUUCUGCCACCGGGCUCGCCCUUUCGUUGGAACUUGGCCCAGAAGAGGAAGGAUUUUUGCACACUCUCAAGUCCUCCGUGGAGGCCCGUGUCCCGGGGCUGCACGGCCCCGCCGGCACCGGCGGCACCGGCAACAUGGGAGAGGAGGAUUCGGACAGCCAAGAAGAGACUCCUGCGCGGGACGGUCCCGAUGAAGCUGCCAUGGACGCCAGGUCCUUUGACAGCCUGUCGGAUCAGGAGAGGUUGGGCGACUCUCCCAAGCGGCAUUGCCUGAUCCUCUCACCGCGCGACCCUUGGAAGAUCUGCUGGGACGUGUUCAUCGGCACCCUGAUCAUCUACACCAUCAUCACGCUGACCUGGCGGAUCGGCUUUGACCAGGAGGCGCGGGGCGUGGCGUUGGCUUUCGAGUACAGCGUGGACGUGAUUUUCGCGGUGGACACGGUCCUGUGCUUCCGCACCGGCUUCUUCGUGGAGGAUGUGUUGGUCACCGACUGGGAGAAAAUCGCCAAAAGGUACUGCAUGACCUACUUCCUCUUCGACCUGUUGUCCUGGUUCCCCAUCGAUUUGAUUGUUCAGGUGCUCACUGGUCAAAGCAGCUCUGGGAUGAGGUCCGUAAAGCUCAUGAAGUUUGUCCGACUGGUGCGGCUGGCGAAGCUGAUCCGCCUCUUCAAGCUCAACAGGUUUUUGGUGAUCAUGGAGGAGAAGCUCCACCUGAAGCCCGCGGUGAUCCGCAUGGUGAGGCUCAUCAUCAACAUUGUGUUCCUGGCACACCUGCUCGCAUGCAUGUGGCAUUUCAUCGCCCUGCCGGCGUGUGGCGUGGAGUCCGAGGAGGUGUCCGCCAUCGGGCCCUGCCCUGAGGGCCUGGAGCCGGACAGGCCCAACUGGAUCAGGGAUUACAACGUGGACAAGUUCAGCCUGGUCUCAAAGUACAUCGCCUCCUUCCACUUUAUUACAGCGACCAUGAUGGCGGUGGGCUAUGGGGACAUCUGGGCCAAGAACACUGAAGAGCGGCUCUUCUGCAUCAUGCUGCAGCUCUUCGGAGCCACGGCCUUCGGCUUCAUCCUCUCCUCGGUCACCUGCCUGCUGGAGUCCGCGAACCCUCGCGCCAACGAGACCAACAAGCGAGUCAACGAGAUCAAGGAAUGGUGCGCUGGCCGCCGCAUCCCUCGGUAUUUGAGGAUGGCGAUCCGCGAGCACACCCAGUACGUCCUGCAAAAGAAGUCCAUCUUCAACGAGGCCGACAUUCUGGCCAACAUGCCGAUGAGCAUCAGGAUGGACGUGAUCCAGAACUCCUACGCCGAGUGGUUGCGUGUCCUGGAGCGCCCGUUCCACGAGGAGGACCUGGCACUGAGAACCGAGCUGGCGCAAUUGAUGAUGCCGCAGCAGGUGCUGCAGAACGAGAUGAUGAUCGAGGAAGGGGAGAUCACAUCAGAGGUCUAUGUGGUGCAGCACGGCUGCCUUGAGAUGGUCACCAGCGAGUACACGGCCGACCUCCCUUCGAUCAACUGGGUCUCAGCCUGCUUGAAGCGCAGCGCGCUGGGCGACACGGCGGACACGGAGGACGACACAUCUGAGGAGUCCGACCAAGCUCGAGAGGUGCUCUGCGGCCUCUGCCGCAGCUCCGACGUGGUGGGCCAGGUGGUUGCGGCCCCCAUCAUGGUCCGGGGCUUGAGCAGCCGCACAGAUGUCCUGGCCAUCAGCAAGGACUGCCUGGUGGACGUGCUGCUCCGCUUCCCCGGCGCCGUGGCCCGCUCGGAAGCCGCCGAGGAGCGGGCCAAGGCCGAGAUGACCAAGGUGCUGGAAUCCGAGCUGAAAUACAACCCCUACGGGGAGCGGGAGUGCAAGUCCCUGGUGUUGCUGCGAGGUGUCGCCUCGGGUGCGGCAGAAUUGCCCCCCGUGGUGCUCAACGCGGACCGGACGCAGCCCAUCCCGCUCGCCCUGCUGCGAGUGGCCAGUCCGGACCCCACGGAGGAGAGGACCGCGGAGCCGGGGAUGCGGAAAGCGCGUCCUUCGAUCGAGCUACCUUCUCCUCCCUUGACGCCGUCAACGUCCGCGAGGCACAGCAAGAGGCUGAGCCACUUCAAGUCGCUGACCAGCUUUACCUCCACGGGAACCAAGUCCUCCAGGAACAGCUCCUACCCCAUCCUUCUUUCCACCAGAAGGCUGGGACCAUCCGGCCAAAUUGAGAUGACAGAGGAGACGGAGGACUGCCUCUUGCAGCGGUACAUCAUCCCCCCGAGCUAUCGUUGGAAGCUGCGAUGGGACAUCCUGGUGGGUGCUCUCAUCAUCUACAGUGUCCUCAUCAUCCCCUGGCGGAUCUCCUUCGACAUCGAUCCCGAUCCCUUGGCCACAGUGUUUGAGAUCCUGGUGGACAUCAUCUUCGCCAUCGAUGUGGUCCUGUGUUUCCGGUCCGCGUUCGCGGACGCAGAUGGCACAAUAGACACGGUCUUUUGGCAUAUCUCGCGAAGAUACUUGAGGACUUGGUUCACCUUUGACUUGCUGUCCACAGUGCCGGUGGACAGGUUUGUGGAGGCGAUUACGGGCCAGGGUGGCCCCCAAGCGCGGGCGCUGAAGAUGAUCCGCAUGGUGCGGCUGAUUCGGCUGCUCAAGCUGGCGCGGGUGCUGAAGAUGGGCAAGCUCGUACAGCGGAUCGAGGACAUCUUGGACUUGUCCCCGCUGACGCUGAGGUGUAUCAACCUUGGCACGAAGCUCACGGUGAUGUCCCACUUCAUGGGCUGCUUCUGGUUCUUCGUGUCCACUCACCAGGAUAUGCAUGUCACUCAGUGCGUGGCUGGGCUUCUGGACUGUGACCCCAAUGAGAAUUCGACCAACUGGUGGGCCGAAGUCAACAUCAAGGAAGGGCAGAAGUGGGACCAGUACAUUGCCUCGCUCUAUUGGGCCUUCACCACGAUGACCACCGUAGGCUACGGGGACAUCCAUCCCCGGAACGACGGCGAGAGGGUGUAUGCCAUUGUGGCCAUGAUCUUCGGUGCUACGAUGUUCGGAUAUAUCAUCGGGUCCAUCGCAGCCAUGGCUGGCCAAGAGCGGGGCAUCGAGGCGCUGACCAAGAAGAAGUUGUCGCUGGUGCGGCACUUCUGCGAGGAGCAGCGGGUCAGCGAGAACAAGGUGAGAGAGGUGAUGCGGCACUACGCGUUCUUCUAUGAGGAGCGGUCCCCUUUCAAUGAGAACGCCCUGAUGAUGGAACUGCCGAACUGGCUCAGGAAAAAGGUGUCAAAGCACAUCCAUCGAGAAGCCCUCGCCAGACUGGGCGUCUUCGCAGGGCCGCAGCAGAAGGGCCUCGAGGGCGGGCCGCUCCCGGACUGGUUCACUUGCUGGGCCAUGCGGAUCUUGGAGCCACAGGCGGUGUGCGCCGGAGAGCUGGUGAUCAAUGCAGAGGAAAACUCGUUGGUCCAAGAGCUCUUCUUGGUCUUCGACGGCGAGUGCGAGGCCUUCUGCCACCGGAACAUGUGGCGCCCGGCGCCCCCGGGCGGUCAUUCCGACACCGGAGGCAGCGCAGACAUUCCGCCCGACGAGGCGACGGCAACGAACACCGGCUCCUCAGGUGGAAAGGUCAAGACGCUUAUGGUCUUCUCACCCGGCUGCAUGUUCGGGCUGGAGCACCUAGCUCAGCAGAGCCAGAGGCAUUCGGUGCGCUGUAGCAAAGCUGGCCCCUGCUUGCUGUACGUUCUCCGAGCCACCACGAUGGCGGAGGUCCAGGUCUCCAGCCCCGAGAUGGUGAAGGCGCUGCAGAAGGCCAUUGCCAAUCUCAUGGUUGUGCAGACGAAGCUUCGAGUGCCGCAGAAGAAUCUGGAGCUCCGCCGACAGUCGGCGCAUCGAUGAACGGCUGAGAUAUUCGCGAGCCUGUAAUUCGGCGUGUUCCGCAAACGCGGGGCCGCCAAUCCUACCCGACUCCGAAUUUGCAGAACAAAUUCCGCGCGGAAACGGGCGGUAAGAGUGUGGCUGCAAAGCAGCCUCCUGUAGCGCGGUGCGACAAUGC